GAUAACUGUAAAAGGAGAUGUUUACUUGGAUGAGGUACGAGCUGUUCCAUUACAUUACUAUUUAACUAAAUAGCUAAUGAACACUUUGGGUAUUGACCUGUGACAGUUUAUUGGUGUUUCAGUACCAUGGACAGCAAACUGCAGCCAAGCUCACAAAAGAGACGCUUGUACUGUAUUAGGUACAGCUAGUACACAUAUCUCCACUUCAUUAGAGAAAUGAUGCAAAGCUAUAGAGAUUAAGAGAGACACCAAAAGUAAGCAGCUAUUGUGUUUUUUUUAGACAUACUGUAUUUGUUGGACUGUAGCAGUUUGCAGCCCACGGGCUCACUUGGCUGACAGCCAUUUCUCAACAUGCCAGCCAAAUAGUGUUAGAGCAGAGAUGUAGACAGCGAUAUGGCUGUUGUUGUUAUGUGUGUGUGCAACUGCAGCAUAAAUGCUCAAGAAGAAGGAUUUUGCAGGGAUCCCACAACUGGUGCGAUUAUGAAUGACAGGCGACCUCUUGCAACGAGACAGACAAUGAUGCGAUGUGGUCUUUCUUGUGUUGACAUUGCACUGCAGAAUUUCACAUUGUGAUGCCAAUGAGGAUAAAUGUCACACAGAUAUAUGCUCGUGUUCAUUGAUGUUGACAUUUGAAAUGCCAUAGGUUGGAAAAGAUGUAAGUGAAUUAGGUGCAGGCAUUCACUUGAUUUGAAACGUGAGCAUUUUCCAUUGGCCUCACAUCUUAAAAGCCUGAGGACAGGGUACAUUUAAUUGAGAAACACUUGCCUCAUAUGGAUAUUGAACAAUGACAUCACAGUCUGAACAAUGCAUACUACUUGCACAAAUUACUGUAUACGUAUACUUAGAAACAUGUAACGUCAACUGUAAUAUAUUAGUAGACUGUUAGAAAUAAUUGAAAAUGUAAUUAUCUGUUCCCGGGUCAAGCUGUCACUGUCAUAAUUUCUUCUGCAGUCAGUCUUUCAUAAGAAAUAUUUGGCAUUUUUAACUGCUAUAUAAAAAUAAGUAACCUAAAUAAAAGCAAAUUCAUACAUAAAUGAACACUUAGGUUGCUCACACUGUACAAAGAACACAAAAAGGACAUGAAAUAUAGUAAUAACAUAAUAUAUAUUAAAUGAAAACAGUAAGAAAAAAUAGAGAAUAAUUCCUUACCUUUAUCCCUGGCUUAUUGGCUGAAUGAAGUAGAAGAGGCUGGAGAAUCUUGAUUCUGGUUUCAACAAUAAGUCCACUACUCUGCUUAGUUAUCACUGUCACUUUCGUAGGAUCAGAUCUGUUAACAUGCUCAAGGAUCCUGCAUGGCGCAACCUCACAUAAUGUUAAAGAGUUUUGUGAUUUAAGGCUAUCGGUGAUGCCGUGAAUGUGACAACCUGUCUGUGUGUGUGGGUGUGGGCGGAGGAGGACGGCUGCGUGCACAAUAGAAGUUACAAUACAAUCUUUAUUCUUAAUGAUGGUCAUGACAAUUGAGUGUUGUUACUAAAAUGCAGCUAAUACUGGUGGGCUUUUCUCCUCUCUGAGCUUUUUCUCAUCUUCAUUUUCAUUUCCAUGGUGAUGGCUUGACUUUUCUUUGGCUCUCUGCCACCAGAAGUGGCUGCUUUAGGCUGAGGAGCUGCAUGUGAGCUGCACAUAGUGUAUUCUUCUGGGCCCUGUAACCGGUUCUUGAGAGAAUCUUGCGGACUAAAACUAAGUUUUUCUUCACAGAACACCAUAAACCGAGGACCACCUGUAUUGUCAUGAGUAUGAUAGAGGUGUAGGAACCACUUUCCUGUGUAAUUUGGCUUCCAAAUUCCAGCUAUUUUCUCCCUGGGCACCCAUGUGAGACAGCAAAACACACUUACUUAACUGAUGUCUCAUAAAUUCAAAAGUCUUGCAUGACUUUAUGCAUCAUGGUAAUUUAACAUUUUGUGUCACUUUGCAAGUUGAACUCAACUUUCAUAAUUUUGUUUAUCAAAGUGCAGACAUUAGCAAAUGUACAAUAUUGUUGUAGUCAUUCAAGGUGGACCAUUUUCCAGCCAGAUGAACACUGCAGGGGAAAAUACUUCAGUGGUAUGCCACAAAUAUUAUAAGUAUACUGUAUCUAAAGCAGCUAUAAUUUCAAACAUGGAUGCAUUUUUCAGUAAUGUGAGCAUCAAGGCAGUUAGUUAGUUUUUAUAAUAUUUAAUAUGUUUUUCCAUACACAUAGUUUUAACUUUUCGUUAAAUAUCACCAGAUUUGCAUGCAUGUUUGUGUGCUCAAACCCAAAUGGCUCUGGUGUUUUUAAAAUUCCAUAAUCCCUACAAGUCUUUAACUUAAUGCUAUGUAUACUAUAACUUUAUAGGAGAGCAGUUACAAAGUUCUCAAGCAGUUUUUCCUUAGGAAAGUCACAUCAUACAUACUAAGUGGAAUACAUUGUUUAUCUACCAGCACACAUGAUGUAGUCAAAUUUAUUUUCAGUUCUUUUCAGAAGUAAAUCCACACAUAUUAAAACCUUAUGUGGCAGAUAAAUGCAUCGUGUUCAUUCUUCAUUUUGUUCCACGGAUAUAGAUGCAGGCAUGCAGUGUAUAGAUAUAGAUCAUCGGCAUUUGUGGAAGAACAUGCAGGUUAUGACUCAACAUUCAUGGCGACAAAUGUACAGCCACGUACAGCCACAUGUUUUCUUCUCUUUCUGCUGGUCAGAAUCCCUAAAUGCAUUGUUGACCCAGUUAGCAGAUCUCUAUGAGCACGUCUGUAAAUGUAGUCCCUUGGUGACCUCUGGGCGGGCAGGCAACAAACACAGCGUGAGAUGGCCACAGAGGAGCCUGAGGACAGCAGCAGUGUAAUGCACAAGAGAGGAGACUCAAGUGAACAAGGCUUGGGCACAGCUGGACACAACCGCAGUCAUUCUACCUUUGUUCGACUGACGAACACAUGCUGAGGAGGAGGACAGCUAAUGCUACACUCCCCUUUCUGCUGGCGGCGCCCCUUUGCUCUUGAGGCUGUGGUAUGAGCCUAUGUGGCAGGAAGGCGCUGACGUUGCUGAGCAGCGUGUUCGCCGUUUGCGGCCUAGGCCUGUUGGGCAUCGCCGUGAGCACCGACUACUGGCUCUACCUAGAGGAGGGUGUCAUCCUUCCACUCAAUCAAAGCACCGAGAUACGCAUGUCCCUCCACUCUGGCCUGUGGAGGGUUUGUUUCUUGGCUGGGGAGGAGAAAGGUCGAUGUUUUACCAUUGAAUAUGUGAUGCCCACUAAAGUCCAAAUGACUUCUGAGUCCACUGUCAGUGUCCUGAAGAUGAUUCGCUCAGCCACGCCUUUCCCACUGGUCAGCCUCUUCUUCAUGUUCAUUGGUUUUGUCCUCAGCAACAUUGGCCACAUAAGACCCCAUCGCACCAUCCUGGCUUUUGUUUCGGGAAUAUUCUUCAUCCUGUCAGGUCUCUCUCUGGUCGUUGGUCUCGUGCUGUACAUCUCCAACAUCAAUGAUGAAAUGUUAAACAGGACCAAAAGCAAUGAGGCGUACUUCAGCUACAAAUAUGGCUGGUCGUUCGCCUUCGCUGCCAUCUCCUUCCUCCUCACUGAGACAGCGGGUGUGAUGUCCGUGUACCUGUUCAUGAAGCGCUACACGGCAGAGGAAAUGUACCGGCCCCACCAGGGAUUCUACCGGCCUCGUCUCAGCAACUGCUCCGACUACUCCGGCCAGUUCCUCCAUCCGGACGCCUGGGCCGGGCGUGGCCGCAGCCCUUCUUCCAUCUCUUCCGAGGCUUCCCUCCAGAUGAACUCCUCCAACUACCCUGCCCUUCUCAAGUGUCCGGAGUACGAACAGAUGUCGUCGUCGCCAUGCUGAAACACAGUGUGAAAAGUUACUGUGGUGUCACCCUGUCAUUUUGAUAGGUUGCACAUUCACAAUCUAAUGCAAAAGCUGUAUCAAAGAAGAUGUCAUCAUGAUACAGUAUAUUUGCCAAGCUAGAACAAAGUCUUCAGGACUUGAAAUAAGUCAUUCUAAAAUGAUGCUCAGCUUACGGCAGACAUAUUGCCACUAGGUCCACUUUAUUAUGUCACCAAAUAUUUGAAUCAAUGCUUCAAAUGAUGAACUUCAUCAAAUAAAUGUCAAUCUUAUUAACAGCUACUGGAUGUGCAUUUGGAGUGGGAGGUGUGCAAAACAUCAAUAAAUUCCCCUCAGUAAAAUGACCUAAAUGACCUUCAGUGAGACAAUUAAAGCUGUACUGUAAUGUAUUUCAAGGAGCAGGAGAAAAGUAGAUUUGAUUUGAUUUGGGUUCUAAUGGAAAGUAUUAUUUUGAUACAUGUGAUUGUAUGAUGUAUAUUAUAGAAGGAAACUGCUAAAUGAGAUUGUACAACAUCAUGAUUAGAAAAUCUAUUUGCAGAUAGAUAUUUUUGUAAUUUAUGCCCUUAAGUGUCAUACAUUAAUCUAAACAUUUCAUGCAGCAUUAAGAGUGAGUCAACAUAUUACACAGAAAUGUGUCGUCUUGUGCAAACAUUUUAUCUUAGUUGACUAUAAUAAUAAAUAUUGUUGAUAUUUAAUUGGAAUUGAGUUGCAUGAUGUGGACCCAUAGAUAUACAUUAUUAAUGGUAGGCAACAUGUGGUUGCUUUUCUGCAGAUCUGUAAACCUGUUUAUUUAGUGUUUGUCUAAAAACAUACAUUACUCUCCAACACUGUGUUUGUAUAUAAACCAUUGUGAUCAUUUCUAACUUUGUAAAUGGGAACUCGUUAUGGGUGUAUAUACUAGUACUGUAUCAGCUUUGGAUAGAGGAGCAUGGACGUAUAUAUUUAUGUAUGUUCUGUUGUUCAUUCAGAAUAAUGUGCAAAGUACUGCUUUACCUCUGCAUCACAUUGAGAAUGUGAGCUUUUUCAUUAUAUGGAAGUGGAAACUACUUAGAUGCUUGUCACAAUAAUCCAAAUGUACAUUUGAAAUAUUGUGUAUUUUUACAAUCCAGUUUCCUGGUGUUCAACGUGAUUAUACUCCAUGGAAUAAAAUUCAGUAGGAUUUGCU